AUCAUAAUACUCGUGAUGCGUUUAUCAAAUAAUAUACGAUCUCUGUGCUGGUUAGGUCUGUUUGUAUGUGAACAGUCAAUAUCGAAACAUAAUGAACAAUUCGACACCAAAACAAAACAAAAUAGAAUUUUUGUACCGGAAAUGAGUCCCGGAAAGAUUAACACCCUGCGGGAAAAGAUUUUCAGUAAAUUAUCAAAAAAUAUACCCACGAACUACAUAGAGCAAAGAAGUGAUGUGCCUUUACAAGUGGAAAAGUUAGAGCCAAAAGCUCGGCCAGAAGAUUCCGCCAACGAUGCAGAUGAUUCACUGGAUUCCGACGGAUGCAGCAGCGUCGGUGAUCAUCUGGUCAAUUUGGAAGACAUUGACUUAAAUUCGCAGUUCUUCAGUCAGGUAUUUCAAUCUACUGAUGACGGUCCUGAACAAAGCUGUGGCGCACCGGCUAUGGCGUUGCAUUCCAAACCGGAAAUGGAUUCUGUUGAGAGUGAAUCGGAUGAUCCCGAUGAAAAGGAAGCCGUAAAUGUAAUGCUGACCCAGUUGAUCGAUUUUGAACGAAAGCAAAACGAAGCGAGGAAAGCGUUACAGAAUUAUGGCAGUGAUUUCCGUGGAGCAGAUAGCGUUGAACAGAUGGGAAAGCAUGCUGAUAUUUCUGAUGAUGUACGUCCAACUGCGGAGCAAGGUGCCUCCGAUGAAGAAUGGCAGCACGUUGACAACUUAAGUGAAGCAGAUAGAAAGGACGUUGAAGUGCUGGUUAGUCAAAAGAUCAGCAAAACAGGAAAAGUAAUUGAUGUCGAGGCACAGCUGAAACGAUUGAUUCAAAUGGAAAAACGAGAAAAGCAGCUUCAAAUGCACAAAACGCAUUUACUAUGUCUUCUAGGGCACGGAUUUCAUUUGAAUAGAAUUAUAAACGAUUUUAUAAAUCAAAACUCCAUAGAUUUCUUUGGAAUAUUAGAUCAUUUCAAUAUUGAAUCACCCGAGGAAACCGAAAUCAGUUAUCUUACAUCAAUCUGUGAUAUUUAUAGAAACAUAAGCAAUAUUGAAGGAAUAUCACAAGAUAUUUUGAUAAAUUAUUGUACGAAUCAAUCAUUACAAUUUUCAGUUGUUCUAUUUCUAGUCGUUAUUUUGAGAUUUCUUUCAAUAGAGGCUAGACUAGUAAUGCAUCUAAAUGUGGUUUCCAAAAAUUAUAUUGAAACCAAAAAGAAUAUUCAACCAUUAUCUGCUAUCAGAAAACUAAAACGGAAAUCAGAUUCCAUUCAUCCACUUCCUCCAGAACGUUACAAAAAUGUCCCGCUGACUACAGCGGAAAUUCUGAAACAAAAACCAGAAUUUGCAAGUUUUCCGAAAAUACCCCAAAUCGAUGGUGCUGUUGACGAUUGUACGAAUGAGAAACGGAAACGCCUAGAUCAACCACCGGGUUCUAAACCAAAUCUAUGGAAACUUAAGCUAACACAACCCAAGCGUUUAAAGUUUAAUGAUCAAAACCGACGGCGCAAAUCGAAACGUUCGCAUGAGAUCACCUCGAAAUUUUUCAACCAACAAGUCCUAAAAACAUCUCAGAAGGAAGUGACUGAAAAGGACAAAUUCCAAACCGAUGAGAAAUUAACUCAUUGGGUCGAAGUAUAUUUGCCUGCGGAGAAACGCUGGGUUGCGUUGGACAUCCGCUCAGGUAGCGUGGACUGCCUGGACGACAUCGUGCGUCGCCUAGCGCAACCAGUUGGGUACGUGUUCGGUUGGAGUAACGACGGAAGUCUUCAGGAUGUCAGCGGACGGUAUUGGUGGCCCAAUGAGAUGGGAUCAAGGAGGCUAAGAGUGUCGGACAAAUGGCUGCAAGAGUUGAUCCGAAGCUUCGGAAGACGGCGGAAACUUAUGCAAGAUCUUUUGGAUGGGCAGGAAAUUCGACGGUUGAAGUUUCGAGCUCCGGUCCCCGACAAAAUAUCAGAUUUCAAAAACCAUCCUUCGUACUGCUUGAAGCGAGAUCUACUCAAGUUCCAGGCCAUUUACCCACCGGACGCCCCACCGUUGGGAUACUUCCGCGAGGAGCCGAUCUAUGCUCGCGAAUGCGUCCAUACGUUGCACUCGCGUGAAGUUUGGCUCCGACACGCUAAAAUUAUUCGACGGUACGAGACACCCUACAAGGUGGUAAUGUCCAAGUUAAAACGAGAGAAAACCCAGCUGGAACUGUUCGGCCACUGGCAAACGGAUGAGUACGUUCCGCCGGAGGCCGUCGGUGGUCGUGUGCCGCGAAAUGCCUACGGUAACAUUGAAAUCUUUAAGGAUUGUAUGCUACCGAAGGGGACGGUUCAUUUGAAGCAGAUCAACAUUUCUAAGACGUGCCGACGACUGAACGUAGACUAUGCAAUAGCGGUAGUUGGAUUCGGCAUUCAUGCUGGAGGCAAUCAUCCUGUGUUUGAAGGCAUCGUUAUUUGCAAGGAAUUUGAACAGAAGGUGUUGGCAGAAUACGAGCACGAUCAGCAGCAACAAGUCAGGAGACAACACGAGAAACGGGAGAAGAGGAUCUAUGAUAAUUGGAGAAAACUGAUCAGAGGAAUGCUCAUCAGAAACAAACUACGGAAUAAAUACAAUUUCGAUGAUAUGUGAUCAGAAACGGACCCGUAUAAUAAUAUUGAUUUGUGAUUCAUAAAAGUUUGAGUAUAAAAAGAGAAAUAUAAACAUUAAAUUAUUAAACUUAA